AUGUUCAACCCAAAGGCCAUGGCCCCCCGCCAGACUCCAGUUAAGUCUUCAGAUGAGGCUGUUGAGGGGCACCCAGAGCAGGAUGAUCCUCGAGGCCCUGACAACCUACUCAAGGACUCUAAACGGCGCCUCCGGGAAAUCUUGGCACGGCAGCUGGGACACGGCAUCGCGGAUCUCCGCGAAUUUUCAGCCCCGAAUCGCUUGUCAACCGUGGGCCAGCGUUGA